CCUCAGUUUAGUCCGUGGAGCUUUUCUGUCUUUACUGAGCGACUUCCUGUCCUGCCCCAUCAGUCUUCUCAGUAUCUUUGUCCUCUGCAUCUGCUGAGCUCCUCUUCAUCAUCUUCCUCGCUGCUCCGUACUUCUCUGCCAUGUGGUUCCUGCUGUUUGCUGUGUGCAGCUGUGUUCUGCUCUUCCUGCUCUUCAUCUUCCUCCUGACCACUGGAAAGCGCCACAAAGUCUUCAGUGAGAAGUGUCUGAGGCCCCCCGAACCCCUGGUCCUCGACAUCAGAGAGAGGGACGCCCGGCUGAAGAAGGGCUUUCGCUUGGACAGGGUUCCCGUGGCGCUGGAUGCGGUGGUCAUUGGCAGUGGCAUUGGAGGUUUGACCACAGCGGCGCUUCUGUCUAAAGCUGGGAAAAGGGUUCUGGUUCUGGAGCAGCAUGACACAGCAGGAGGCUGCACACACACUUUCCAGAAGAAAGGCUUUGAGUUUGAUGUGGGUAUCCAUUACCUGGGCCAGCUCCAUGAGAACAGUCUGCUGAAGGUUGCUUUGGACCAGAUCACAGAGGGACAGCUACGCUUUGCAAAGCUGGAACAGCACUACGACACGGUCCUCCUGGGUCAGCAGGACCGACGCAGGGAAUACCACAUCCACUCAGGGAAAACAGAGAUGGCAGCGUGCCUCAAGAAGCAGUUCCCAGAAGAAGAGGAGGCCAUUGAUGAGUUCAUGAGGCUGAUGAAGCUGGCCUCCCGGAGAACUCCUCUCAUUGCUGUCUUGAAGAUGAUACCCUCCUGGCUGGUAAAGCUUCUGAUCUGGACUGGUCUUUUGAACCGAAUAUCUUCAGUGUUCUGCCUUGCAACAACCAACCAUGCAGCCAUGAUGUCGCGCCUCACACAGAACAAGGACUUGCAGGCUUUGUCUGCCUACCUGUUUUAUGGAGUCCCUCCCAAAGAGUCCAGCUUCCUCAUCAAUGCACUUCUUCUUCAUCACUACAAACGCGGCGCCUUCUAUCCAGUGGGAGGGGCCAGUGAAUUUGCUUUCCACAUCAUUCCUGUGAUUCAGCAAGCAGGUGGAGAAGUUCUGGUCAGAGCAAAGGUGCAGAGCAUCCUCAUCAACAGUCAAGGGGAAGCCUGUGGUGUAACAGUUCUGAGAGGCCAAGAAGAGACAGAGAUCCGUGCCCCUGUUGUCAUUUCUGAUGCUGGAAUUUUCAACACCUUCCAGAAAUUUCUACCUCAGCAAAUACAAGACAAACCAGAGAUCCGCUCACUUUUGGGGAUGUUGCACCACGGCAUGGGCUCCUUCUUGGUCUUUGUAGGUCUGGAGGGAACCAAAGAAGAGCUGAACAUUGUAUCUACUAACUUCUGGAUGUACAAAGACAAUGACCUGGACUCGCUAAUGGAACAAUACUUUUCGCUGAGCAAAGAAGAGGUCUUGGGAAACAUCCCGAUGAUGUUCAUUACCUUCCCAUCUGCCAAAGACCCAAUGUCCAUCAUCAAACAGCCAGGUAAGUCCUGCAUGACCCUGCUAACCAUGGCUCGAUAUGAGUGGUUUGAGGAAUGGGAGGGGACGAAGCUUGGGAGGAGGGGCCAGGACUAUUUGAACCUCAAAAGUGGUAUGGCUGAGGAGCUGCUGGAGUGGGCGCUCAGCAUUUUCCCUCAACUGCGGAACAAGGUGGUGAUGGUGGAGGCUGCCACCCCACUGACCAAUGUUCAUUAUUUGGGAGCUCCAAGAGGGGAGAUGUAUGCCGCUGAGCACAACGUGGAGCGCUUCAACCCGGAAGCCAUCGCUGCAACUCGAGCACAGACGCCCAUCCAUGGCCUCUACUUAACAGGUCAGGACGUGUUCUGUAAUGGCAUGGCAGGAGCCGUGCACGGUGGGCUGCUGUGUGCCUCGGCCGUUCUCAAUCAGAUCCUCUACAUUGAUCUUCUGCGUCUGAAAAUGCGGCUGAAACACCGGCAGUAGGAGGGGCGGGGCUGUUAACGGACCACAGUCGCCGCCGCUCCUCAGACGCCUGACGUCACACUUCAACAAAGCUCUUAGCCCCUGUUCGGCCAGCUCGUCUCCAGUUCACCUGCAGCCUCAUACGCUGGUCCCUGCCCCCCCCCCCCACAUCACAUAAACCUGUUCAUCAUUGUGCUUCUUUCUGGCAGUGGGGGCUGUCUUUUCUUCACCUACACUCUGCCCCCAGGUGAACCAAGGGCAGGUGUAUGUUUUUUUCCCACCAUCAUCUCUUUCCUUCCUCAUUACACCCCCCACCCCCCACGAGAAACAACUGGUGCUGGCGACGUUAGCUGCCUUAGAACAACUUCCCUUUCUCUGAUGAAUAAAGUAUAAAUCAUCUGUUGAUCAUGUCGUGUAUUUCGUUCUGAGAAUCACUGAUUUGAUUUUUGAAGUCCUGAUCACCGAAGGAACAAACGGAUGUCUGUUGGUAGAGAUUCCUUAACAGACUAUUUAGAAACAUUAACAAGCAUUACUAAUGUGUUUAUGAGUUGUUUGUUAGCAUUGAUAAUAGCAAUAGCAUUAAUAAAUAAAAAUAACAACU